AUGCCCAGCAACAACAGCAGCGGCGUGGGCAACUGGGAUGGCAUGCCCUGGGUGAAUGCCGCCAACACGUGCCCGCCCUCCAUGGGGGGCACCACGCUCCUGAUCGUGGCCUACAGCACGGUGAUCGCGGUGGGGCUGGUGGGCAACUCCUGCCUGGUCUUCGUCAUCUCGCGGCAGAAGGAGAUGCGCAACGUGACUAAUAUCCUCAUCGCCAACCUGUCCUGCUCCGACAUCCUGAUGUGCGUGGUGUGCCUGCCCGUCACCGUCAUCUACACCCUCAUGGACCGCUGGAUACUGGGGGAGGCCCUGUGCAAGGUCUCGCCCUUCGUGCAGUGCAUGUCCAUCACCGUCUCCAUCUUCUCGCUGGUCCUCAUCGCCCUGGAGCGCCACCAGCUGAUCAUCCACCCGACGGGCUGGACGCCGGUGGCGGGCCACUCCUACCUGGCGGUGGCCGUGACCUGGAUGGUGGCCUGCUUCAUCUCGCUGCCCUUCCUGUCCUUCAGCAUCCUGACCAACGCGCCCUUCCAGAACCUCAGCAUCCCCUUCAACCCCUUCAGCGACCACCUGAUCUGCAUGGAGCGCUGGCCGUCCGAGCGCAACCGGCUGGCCUACACCACCUCGCUGCUGCUCUUCCAGUACUGCCUGCCCCUGCUGCUCAUCCUGCUCUGCUACCUGCGCAUCUUCCUGCGCCUGCGCCGGCGCCGCGACAUGGUGGAGCAGGCCAGCGACGCGCGCCAGCGCAAGGCCCGCAGCGCCCAGCGCAUCAACGCCAUGCUGGUGGCCAUCGUGGUGGCCUUCGCCCUCUGCUGGCUGCCGCUCAACAUCUUCAACACGCUGUUCGACUGGUACCACCAGGCGCUGCCCACCUGUCAGCACGACGUCAUCUUCUCCGCCUGCCACCUGACGGCCAUGGCUAGCACCUGCGUCAACCCGGUGGUGUACGGCUUCCUCAACAGCAACUUCCAGAAGGAGCUGAAGGCCAUGCUGCAGCGGUGCCGCUGCUGCUGGGCCGUGCCCGAGAGCUACGAGAGCUUCCCGCUGUCCACCGUGGGCACCGACGUGACCAAGGUGUCCUUUAAAAUAAGGCACAAUUAUAUCAAUCAUCCUGGUUGCCUUCGUUCAAAACGUGAAAAUUAA